AUGGCUGGGACUCGAUGGAGGUGCCCCGAAUGUCACGAAAUGCGGGCGCCCAAGACCUAUUGGCGACACCAAAAGUAUGGUUGCCCAUCUCUUCGGAGAAGGGCCUCGAAACUUCGCACCGCGGCCGAGGCAACACUCACCAGGCUACGACGACUUGGGUUGGUUGCCCGCUCCCCACCACCACAUUGCCCAUUGCCACACUUUAACCGACGACACCCUCCCAAUGUCCCGCCUCCCCCUGCAUUUUGCGAACUCCUUCAAUCACCUGCACUGCCCGUUGUUGAUCACGCAAUGGGAGAACCUGGGUUUGACCCCAACUUCCGAUUCGUCACCCCUGGGGCUGGCCCUGGGCCCUCCAGUCGAGAGCAGUCCCCUCGAUUUGCCCCAUACAACCCCGCUGAGGAGGAGGAGGAGGAGGAGGAGGAGGACCCACUGGCCGCCUUACCUUGGAUGCACGGCAUUGCGCCACACGACUACUACGAGUUAAUUGUACAGGAGGAGUUGUUACGCAAAGGGGGUUUACGGCUACCAGAUUACCACCGACUGACGGUCCAGGCAUUCAACUACAAGGUUGAUACCGACAUCAGUGGGCGCGCGUACAGCAAACUGCCGCGCGCUUUCCCCGACCACCUCGCCAACUUGCCCAUGGAACCCAAGCUUCAGAGGCAGAUAGACAAGAUAUCAGCCUUUGGUGCGAGGGCAAUCCACUGCUGCAUCAACUCAUGCAUCGCAUACACUGGUGUAUACCAGCGGCUUGAGUUGUGCCCAUGGUGUGGUGAAGCACGGUACACAGCACACCGCAAGAACCCUGUUCGCCGUGUCCCGCGGCAAACUUUCCACUACCUCCCCCUUAUCCCACGUCUGAUAAACCUUUUCCGCAGCCCUCCUAUGGCCGAGUUGCUCCAAUAUCGAUCGCGGCGGCGGCCCAAACCCAACACCCUCUCUGACAUCUUUGAUGGCCGCUAUUACCUUCAACUCCUUCAGGAGUUUGUAUAUUUGGGUGGUACACGACUGGGUCAUCGAUUCUUCUCAAGCAAUACCAACAUGGCCCUUGGGCUCUCUACUGAUGGCGUAGGCCCCUUCAAGACGCGGAAGCAGCAAUGCUGGCCACUAAUCAUUAUCAAUUAUAACCUCCCACCCUCAAUUCGAACGCGUCUUGAGAACAUUUUGUGUCUUGGCGUGAUUCCCGGCCCACGGACCCCAAAGGAACUUGACACAUUCCUCGAGCCUUUCAUCGAUGAGCUUGAGGAACUUGCACGUGGAGUGCCAGCAUUUAAUGCAGCCAAUCGUCAUCCCUUUGUGCUCCGUGCCUACCUCAUUGCUGCGUUUGGUGAUAUGCCUGCAGUUGCCAAAAUGAUGGAGAUGAAAGGUCCCAAUGGCAAACUGCCCUGUCAAGCCUGUAAGAUUCACGGCGGACAGUUCAACGCUAGGCACUACUUCCCCCACGCCGUUUUCACCAUUCCAUCCACACGCUCUGGCGUCCCCCACCCAUACUCCCGUCCUACCAGCCGCUCUAGUCGUUGUUCCGUGGCAGCCAACUCCCAACCACCCACUCGCAAAUCAUCUCCCACUCCGCGAAACUUGCCCGGAAUGGAACCAGAGCCGUCCAUUGGCACUCUCCUCGAGGCUAUCCAAGCCCUCUCCACACAAGUUGGGUCCCUCCAGGACCAAGUCAAGUCUCAAGGCGAGCAAAUCACUCAGCUCACCGCCUUAUGCAAGGAGACCAACGACCUCGUUGGAGACAAGGACCAGGGCGGAGCCCAAACAAAGCCUGGCCCAUCGACUGGGCCUACCACUCCUCCCACCCACACGGGAGGAGAAGCCCACACUCCAGCAACGAUUAGGCCUGGACUCAAGGCCCCCUUCCGACCAUCAAGGGGCACAGGUUUUGAUUCAGAAGACAAGGAGGAGCCAAGGCACCCCAAAAAGGAGCCUCAAGGAACGCCUAAACGGCACUUGGGAUCUCUCACCCCUUUUGAUGCAGGGUCCAGCGUAAAGCGGCCAAAGAUGGACCUCCCAGACCCCUAUAAGGGUGAUACCAGGGGACGCAAGGCCACUCAGUGGCUCGAUCGAAUGAUGCUCUGGGUUGCCCUACAUAGGGACCAAUUUGACGAGGAGGAGCAAAUGGUCGUAUGGAUCCUAUACCAUAUGACCGAUAAAGCUGCCGAUUGGGCUCUCCCCAUUAUUGGGGCCAUCAUCAAGGGCGAAGGCAAUCCCCCCACCACCAUCCAGGCCUUAACGGCCAAGUUCAAAGAAGCAUUUGCCGAUCCCGACGCCAAGCGAGCCGCCGCUAGAAAAAUUGCGGCUCUCUCCCAAACAACCACCACCUCCGAGUACGUCACGGAGUUCCGCAAUCUCAUGGCGGAAUUGGACUGGAACAAGGAGGCCUAUAUUGCGCAGUUCACGCGAGGCCUCCACUGGAAGGUCAAGGAACUGCUAUCAACCAAGGAUAGUAUUCCCGAUGAACUCGAGGCAAUUUUUGCGGCAUCUAUUAAGAUUGACAACAUUUGCCGCGAAAAUGAGGAGAACCGUCCCAAAAAGGCACCUGCCAAAUCCCCGGCCACCGUGGCCACUACUUCCACCACUACCACCCAACGGGUCCGCCUCUCAGAGGACCCAAAUUAUGUCACACCGGAAGAAAGGGACCGCCGCCGUGCAUCCGGGCUGUGCAUGAAAUGCGGCCAGAAGGGCCACGGCAUCAAGCAAUGCCCCAACGGGUGGAAAGCCACAGUCAAAGAGGUGGCUAAGGUUGCUGAGGAUGUCGAGUUGGGAAAAGAAUAA